AAACACCCAAAGACAGUGGCGUCGCACGAGAAUACCAACAAGAGUGCUGCUGGCAGUGCAGCCGAUGCUGGUGGUGCUGGCACAAGUGGUGAAUCGGACGCGCUGUUCUCCAAACUGCGAAGCUUCUCCAUCGGCAGUGGCCCGAAUUCGCCACAACGCGUAGUCUCAAAUCUACGCGGUUAUCUAACACAUCGCCUCAGUAAUAUCACACCGAGCGAUACAGGAUGGCGCGAUUCUCUUCUAUCGAUACCAAAAAAAUGGCUUUCCACUGCGGAGUCCGUCGACGAAUUUGGCUUUCCCUGCACACUACCAAAAAUACCAGUCCCACCGUUGGAAGAGACCAUGGCUAAUUACAUACGUGCCAUAGAGGCCUUCACGCCGCCUGCAAAACUGGAGUGCGCUAAGCAGUUGGUGAAGAAAUUCGCGGCACCAGAUGGUAUUGGCCCCAAGUGUCAUCAGUAUUUGAUGGAAAAACGUGAAGCUGAAGAUAAUUGGGCCUACAACUAUUGGUUAAAUGACAUGUACAUGGAUGUACGUUUGCCGCUGCCAAUCAACUCAAAUCCCGGUAUGCCAAUGCCGCCCGUCCGUUUCACCACAGUGCAUGACGUAGCACGCUUUGCCGCACUCCUAUUGGUUGGCAUUAUGAAGCAUAAGGAAUUACUCGACAGCGGAAAUUUGCCCAUCGAUCGUGCAGGUUCACGUGAAAAAAAUCAACCUCUCUGCAUGGCACAAUACUAUCGACCCCUCGGCUCAUGCCGCAUACCUGGCGUGGAACGCGACUCACAACACCUAGCUGAACGCGGUACGCGACCCGAUGAGCAUGUCAUAGUCGUGUGUCGCAAUCAAAUGUAUUGUGUCUACCUGAAGACAAGUCAAAGUGGUAAAAUAUCAGAGACUGAGCUAGCUUCAAAUAUCUUGCAUGUGCUUAGUGAUGCACCCUGUUUGGCAACCAAACCGCCACUAGUGGGCAUACUUACCGCCGAGGAACGCACACGUUGGGCCACCAAUCGUAAUUUACUACUCGAGAAUGAGGUAAAUCAGAAUAGUUUAAUGCUGAUUGAGCGAGCGCUGUGCAUGCUAUGCAUCGAUGAACCGCUACCGAAUACCUUUAACGCAUACACAUUUACCGGCGCAUCACCGACGGGUUAUUUGGUGGGCGAUCGUGAUGAUACGAAUAUGUUGCAUGAAAUGAUACACGGUGGCGGUAGUGCUUACAACAGUGCCAAUCGUUGGUUCGAUAAAGUCCUACAGAUUAUCAUUUGCACAGAUGGUACUUGGGGUAUUAACUACGAACACUCCUUCUCCGAGGGUGAUGCCAUUGUAAAUGUUAUUGAGAAAAUUUAUAAAAAUCUAGAUGAGAAGCAAACAGCAUGCAACAGUGUAACAUCGGAUCCACCACCGGAACGAAUACCUUGGGUCAUAACACCGCAAAUGGAUGAGCGCAUCAGGCAGGCGACAAUCGCAGUGGACAAGGCAAUUGGCGAUUUUGAUUUAUAUGUAUAUCGCUAUAGAGGUUACGGCAAGAAUUUCAUAAAGAAAUGCAAAUGCAGCCCUGAUGCCUUUUUACAGCUCAUGUUACAAUUGUCCUAUUUCAAAUUGUACGGGCAUCUGGUAGCCACAUAUGAGAGUGCUUCCACUAGACGAUUUCUGCUGGGUCGUGUUGAUUGUAUAAGAGCUGCUCAUAACGAGGCAUUGGAAUGGGCUAGAGCUAUGUGUCAAGGUGAGGGCGCUAAUGUGCCAUUGGAAAGCGAAGGCGAAGAAGAUGAUGAACGAAAAGUUAAAUUCAGCAUUUAUAAUAAAGAUAAGCUGAAAGAACUGUUUCGUAUUGCCUGUAAUCGGCAAACUGAAAUAAUGGUUCAAAAUAUACUUGGCCAAGGCAUCGACAUACCACUGCUGGGCUUACGUGAAGCCAGUAAAGAGUUCAACAAUGGUCAGGUGCAUGAACUCUUUAGUCAUGAAACGUUCCAAACUGCCAAUAUAUUUCUGAUGAGCACAAGUCAGGUGGCUACAAAAUCGGAUGCUUUCAUGGGUUACGGCGCUGUUACACCACGCGGUUAUGGCUGCUCUUAUAAUCCACAUCCGGAUGAUAUCACCUUUUGUAUAGGCGCAUUCUUUUCCUGUGAAGAUACAAAUACAACACGCUUUGCCAAAUCGCUACAAGAAUCACUGGACAUGAUGAAGGAUCUAAUGAAGGAUGAGGCGGAACCAUUGAAAUGAGAAAUGUAAAGGAAUGUUUAACGUUGUUGAAAGAGUUGAGAAAAUGUUUAAAAGAGUUAAAUAGAAUAUAUAAAAAAUAAGAGAAGAAAAGCAAGAAAUAACA